GCUCACGUCAUGAGCGUCGUUAGCAACGGCGGAGGUUGGAGCGGGAAGAGCAUAAACUGCAGCACCAAUACUGUCCGCUUUGAAGUAUUUACUCAGUACCAGGGGUAAGUGUAGAAAUCUGCUUAUACCACGACGAUAUAAACAAGUUGUUUUGUUUCGUUUUUGGUCGGUGUACACAGAAAAUGAGCGUUCCCGUCAGCCAAGAUACUGCUUGUCUGUUUGUUUGUUAGCCAACAUCUCGACAUGUACACGAGCUUUCAGAGCUGCAUGAAGUUUUGACAGGACUCUGAAACCAACAGGCGGAUCUUCAGAUGGCCUCCAAAGGUAGAUAUAGCUUUUAAGUAUUUAGCCAAACCCACUGGGUAUGGAUACAAUAAAACUAUAGCAACUGAAGAUUUGAACCUUAGUUUAAAGCUAUUGCGAACAUUUACUAACCAGUUUUGACUUCGCAGGUUGGCAGCAUCCUUAUGUCAAUAUAUUCAAACAUGUCAGGGUUGAAGACUGGAAGAGGUCAACAAAAGAAGGGGACGUGACAACAUGCAUGGUAACUUUUUGAAAGCUCUGCUCUUAUUACAAUAUUUCAAACUAUACACAAAACUGUCUUAAAUUUCAAACACAGCUGAACAGUUAAAGGCAGCUUUCAAGUGUGUGGAGUUUUCUCAGUUCAAAGGAUUUCAACAAAGAAAUGUUUCACUGUGUCAAAGGAUAAAAAUAUUCAAUAGCGUAUUGCCCUCAAUCUGCUCUCAUUUCGGUCCAGGGUGAUUGAUUUUUAACCACUAAGUAUUCAGACCAAAAUGAGCUUACCUCACAUUUGCUUUCAACUUCACUUCACUCCAGGACAAGACAUUGAGGUGCUCAGUGUUCCAGAUCAAGGGUCUUGCUCCUGCCAACAGCUACAUCCUUAUACCAAAAAAUAGCAACCAGUCCCUGGGACUGACAGGACGCUACUUCUACCUUCUCUUCAGGCCAACACCUGGGAAAUACUUUGUGGUGCACCUGGAUGUUCCUGCAGUGGUAUCUACGUGAUUUAAACACAUCCUUAUAUUUCAAUAUGACAGUCAUGUACAACAUUUAUUGUCAAAUCUGAAGAGCUCUGCAUGAAGAUCUUUUUUUUUUUUUGUAUUUUUUUGGUAUGGUAUUAUAAAUAAUAAUGUGAGUGUUGUAGAUUUAAACUUGCUGUGUGUGCUUUGAUGGCUCAGCUAAUUUGAUUUCUGUCAGUAAAGCACAUUGAUUAGGCUCAGACUGAAGCAGAACUUAGAUGUCCUUUGACAUUUUCAAUCUGUGACGAAGAAAACAACAACUUCUCUGAAAAUAAUUAACCUUUAUUUGCCAUAAAUCUCAUUAAUGUGUUGGAUGUGAACUCUGAUUUGAUCUGAAAUGUUCAUUCAAACAGAGAGAAGAAACUUUCUUUCCCUCUAAAUUUCUCUUUCUCUGUGCACAAAUAUAUAGGAGGGUCAGGUGGUUCGUAUUUCCUUCUCCAAUAUGUUCAAAGAAUUCAAAUCUACAGCUACCUGGCUUCAGUUUCCAUUUCUGUGUGGAGCUGCAAAGGAUUCAGUUUAUGAAAGCACAGCCAAAUCUGCAAGACAUGGUACAACACAUCCUCCACGGCACUAACACAUGAGUCAUUAUGUGGAUGCAUUAGUGCUAAUAUUUAAUGUGUUUUUGAAUACAUGUAUUCUUUCUUGUAAUUUUUGCUGCAGUAAUAACACUGCUUUUGUUGUGUGUGAAGGUUUGGUUGGUCCAGCUCCCUCCUCAGCAUGUUGGACAUGUUUGAUGCUGGAUCUGCAGCAUAUACUUUCUAUCUACCUCAACCGCUGCUACAGUCACCUGAAGAGCAUCAAGCUUUGUGCCAACAUGGUGGUGAAAAACAUGUUUACAAGUGACCUGCUUCUAGAUCCAGGUGAGACUUUGGUGGCUUAUCUAUGCACAUACACAUACACUUAGAAGGCCCCUUAAUAGUCAUACUUGCAAAAUCUAACACAAGCCUUGACAGUAUUUUGGCUGUAGAUCAUCUACAUCAGGCCUUAAACUUCUGCACUGUAAUGAAGCUGCCAUAUCCUUAUUCAGAUCAUCAUGAGUUCUGGUAUUGUAAUGAAUUUUUUUAUCUUGAAUGUUGUUUCUGAUACACUGCUCUUAUGUAAAUGAAUGAGGGGACAAAUAGUAAGAAACUCUUGAUAUAAUGCAGUCUAGUUUGUUGUCUAUCACUUCAUUACACAGAACAAUCAUUUGACUUAUACAACAGCCUAAGUGAUUAUGAUACUGAAUAUGCAUGAAUUAAUUCCUCUGCUGAAACAGAUAUAGAUAACAUAGCUACACCUGUACUUCUUAAUGUAAUUACCUUGGCUGUUUAUACUCCUAUUUUUUUUACUUUGGCUGUUUUCAUCUAACUGAAUGUGCUUCAAUUAUUAAAGUCCUUUUUUCAGUCAAUCAGUUAACUUGCUCUUGCCACUUAAUUCAAUAAUUUCAUUGUUGGUCUGUCAUUUUUUAAAACAUGAUUUGUUGAGGACCCAAGAGGCACUUGGCACGCACCCCCCCUGAAGACAAAAAAGUACUUGCUCUUUUAGUCCUGUACAUUCAGAAGAACUGUUAAUUAAUCAAAAAGAAAACAACUCCCCCUUCAUCCCUUUAAAAAUUUAAAUCUCUGAUUAAUUGUAAAACAACUGCAUGGAGGUGUAAAACAAAGCUCUUUUGCAUCGUUCUUUUAUUCACUCACAGCAGCCGUAGUUGUAGACAUUGAAAAUGACUCCAUGGUGAUGAUGAAUUUUCUCACCAAAGGUCCUGUCCGCUUUUUUGGGUCAUAAAAUGACUUAAAGUUAACAUCAGUCUGUUUCAUGAUCAGUUGAAACACCUUGCAGGAACUUAAGGAUGAUAGAUGUUUUUCACUUUGUUCAUUAUUUGAAAUAUUUGAAUGAGGGAGCUGUGAAUUUAAUCAACAGCAAAUUUGUUUAUUUUGUUGAGCAGUUUUGUUAACUGCUCUCCAGGCUGUCCUUUAAGAUUGAACGCUGCCUUCAUAUUGGUUUUAUAUGCAUUUUCAUGAGCCACCAAUUGGUUUCCAGUACUGGUCGGGGACAAAGUAAUUCUGCCAGCCGAUCUGUCAGGAACAGGUGGUAGACAGGUCAAUGUAGGGGUGGGCAAUAUGGAAAAAAUAUUAUAUCAUAAUUUUUUUUUCUUUUUUUGCAAAAUCACGAUCACAAUUUUUAUCGCGUUUUUUCAAGGGGCUGAAAAAUAGAAAUAAAUAAAAUAAGAUAUCCAGAUUUUAACAACAAACAGCAUAACAUUAAUCUUAACUGGAUGGUCUCAUUCUCAAAUAAACUUAAACCUGAAAUAAGACUUCUUCGUUUCUUUCUUUUUUUUUAUGAUCAACUGCAGUUUUCUCUUUUGACAGGAAUUUCUUUUAAGGAGGCCAAGCUGAUGGGUCUGGCCUCUUCUCAGGGAACAGGUCCAAUACCCAGAGAAAUGUCCUUUCCAGUUCCGAAGGGAGGCUCCUGGCAUGAUCUCUAUGAUUACAUCAGGUAAUUCCUCCCUCACCUGGGGUCAGUAUGUAUAUCUCUUUAACUAGUAACAGCACAUCUAGGGUGUUUUAUGAGCGGAUUCCUUCUGAUAUUACAAACACACAAAAUGGGAUCGGCAGCCUUUGGCCAACUACAGUUUCCUGCUUAAUCACAAUGGGAAGUCUCUCAUUUCAUCCUUCUUUAACAGGUUUCCCUCAGAUGGAACAAAGCUGCCUUUUGACUCUAUUCAAAAAGACAACCCUGGACCUGACAGCAGUAAGUCAUAUCACACUGCUCCUAUCAUUCUGAUCUUGAAGUAUUCAAAGCUUUUUUCCCGCUCCUAAAAUCCUCAUCAUGAUUAGAGAUUUAAGCCCUCAGUGAAAUAAAUCAACUAUGGUAAAUCCACAGCUAAAGCACAAACAUGAGGGUUUUUUUCAGCCCAAGUAAUCCUUGGAAAGGAAAGUUUAACUUUGGUAUUCUUUAAUUUUCCCAGCAUGUAUCUCCAAAAGUAGAAGUUGUACCAGGGCGGACUCUUGCUGUGUCAGCCUUAGCAAACCUGUCCAGGACCGUGUGUCCCUUAUCCAGCAGACCACCUUGCCAAAAUUAGUGAGUGGAUAACAUCAAAUACCUUUUUUUAUAAUAAGCAUCUGUAAUUUCAAACCACUUUAAAGUAUAACAGAUAAUGAAUCUUGAGGCUGUGUUUCUAUUUCUGUCUUUGUUAUUUGUCUUCCUAGCCUUCAAGGAACCAAACUCCUUUGGCAACUGAAAUCCCCCAGCUGGGUGUAGUCUCCACUCACCAGAAUCUUGAAUGGCAAUCUCACAAUAAUGAUGACGAGCAGCAACAAGAGUCCACAUGCUUCAGUUCACACCAUCUCACAUCAAGGCCAACUUGUGAUGCUGUUGAUGGAGGUGUUCAUGUGUAUGUUCAUCCUGAAGACGGCUGCAGUGAACACGAGGAGAGUGAGGAAGAGGUGAAUAUUUAACAGGGAGGUACAGAGCCGCAAAGGGUGAAAGCUGCAAUCAUUAUCUGUCUUUGUAAAUUCAAAGUCUGUGCGCUGCAUCUUCUUGUGCUUGUGAUGUUUUCUUGACAGUUUGGUGGCUGCAUUGAAAACAUUAUUAUCUUUUCCUGUACUCUCAGUUUGUUUGCACUCCAGUUCCGUGUCCUGUUCGCCUGUCAUCGUCCAAAGAAACCAGACAGCAGGUAAGAGGAGAUAACAGCACAGAGUGAAAAUCACAUGAGCCAUUAUUUGUUGAACAUCUUGUUCAUAAUCUUUGCAUUUAACUCUUUUUGCUCUUCUCAUUAGAAGCUGCUUCCAGACCCAAUCCUCAGGCUCAAUCGAAUUAUUGGCUUUGGAGGAGCAACAACUAGAUGUGUAUGCUCAUUUGGAGUCCAUCUGUAUUUAUUUUGAUGCUUUUAUUACACCUCAAAAUCCCAGAACAUACAUGUCAGAGGUCUAAUUUAUGCAAUUCAUCACACCGUAGGCCCUUUGGACCAAAUCUGGAGAUGCUGUGGUGUAUCCAUGUCAUGCAAUAAUUGUCUCUAUGACCUUGUCUACUAACCAGCAGAGGUUCUUUAUCGGCCACACUGAUAAGGUAAAUAGACACUCCAGGGAUUCAUCUUAUUUCUGCUCUGUGUGUUAAGAGGUACUGAUUCUGUUAUAAGCAUGACAGAAACGCUGUCUCGUUUACAAACAGAUCUAGAGAGGGUGUUUUCCCUUAAGUCUUCUUGAAGUUUCUGACACUGACCACAGUUUUCUUUUGUAUUAGGCAUUUAAUCUUAAAACAGGACGAAGUCUAAAAACACUGAAGGGUACUCGGAUUCACAUUUUACUGCUUGUACUCCAAUACAGAGUUAUAAGAUGUUAUGUUUUGCUCAUGUAGCAUCUUUUUUUUAAAAUAUUAUAGGCAUAUUCAAUGUUUGGGCUGAACUGCAACAUGUUAAAAUAUGAAUACAUAUAGUCUGCUCUUAAUAUGCCAUAUGGCUUGCAAGCAUAAAAAUUUUAAUACUACACUUUUUAUGUUCACUCUCACAUAAAAAAAUAAUAUAGGCUCAAAUGAAUGUCAUACUUUAUGUUGAAAAGGAAACAGACUCCUGUCAACAAUCACCUUCCUUCAAAUGACUUAUCUGAGAGGUGUUUCAGUGUUUUACAGCUGCAUCUUUGUGAAUAAGUGUAGCAUCAAACCGCUAAGAUAAAAAGAGAGGAGAAAUGAUCAGCAUCUUUUAUAUUAGACAGUUAUUUCCCUCAGACUUUCAAGUUCUCCUUCAGGUGUGCGUGCUUUUCUGGUUACAAUUAAAGAACACCCUUCUUGAAUAUGUGAUAUUAAACGUUUUCAUCUUAAUAGUCCUUUUACUUUACAUCUGGUAGUAUGAAUUUCAGGUCUUUCAUAUUUGGCCUUUUAUAACCAAUAUUUCUUCUACGGUCCUUUGAGUUCUGUGUCUGUUGAUCAAUUUCAGUCUCUUGAGCAUUUACAGAGCAAGAUAUGCAAAGACUGCUUUGACCACAUGGAAGUACCAAAGUUGACACAAACCAAAAGGUCCUCACAGUAGCUUUAAGAGGACUUAUUACUGUAUGAUCUUUGCUUGCUGCCAUUAUGGGGUCAUAGUCAUCCUCUGAGCCAGUUUGCUUCUUUACUUAUAAAAUGGCUUGUCUGUAACCAGCCUUGGCAACAGUCAGGCAUGACAAAGCAACCUCUCAGAACCUGUAUUUCACAGCAGAGGUGAAAUGUCUGACUAUCAGCCUCCACUCCAUUUUCUUUGUUCCACGUCAUCCUCUCUAUUUUCUAUCCACUACUGGCUUGACAAAAAACAUUUCAUUUAUGAUUCAAGCAGCAUCACCUCAGCUAAAGUAUGUCUUGCUCUAACUAAAGUUAUUCCUUACUUGAGUGCGCAAUCAGUGUAGAUUUUGAUUUGUGCUUAUGUGAGUCACUUCCCAGUUUAUUUCCGUUUGAUCUCUGUGGGCAUUUGGAGAUUGUUAUUUGAUACUAACAGGUUCACAGUUUAAGAAUAGGUUCAUGAAUCUGCUGUAGCCUGUCUUGUGAACUUUCUUUAAAACAAGUUUUAGGAAAAUUUCUGCUAAAUGUUCAUAAAUAAAGCCCAUUGAACUUUAUCUAUCCUUGCUUUUUCUCAGAUAUCUGCUCUUGCUUUCAAUGGCAACACGACACUACUGGCCUCUGCACAAACUGGUAACCACAGCGUGGUUCGGGUAUGGAACUACAACAAAGGCAGCUGCCUGGCCAUGUUCAGGACUCAUUUUCAUUCAUUUUCCUCUCUAAGGUAACCAAGUGCAUGUGUUCAUGGAAACACUUUCAUCUUGCCUUUACAAUAAGUUAAUGUUACACACAGGGUCCUCAUCAAUCUUGUCCUUCUAUUCGCUGAACAUUUCAAGCUUCUCACACAGUGGCGGUCUUCUCUGUGGAGCGGGCAAAGACAGACACUGGAAAACAGUGAGCAGCAUUUACACAAAGUUUAUUAUAUGCAUAUAUUUAAAGGUUUAAUAUUUGAAUGUCCUGACAUGGACAAUUACUGUUCCCAAGAAUCCAUUAGAGUUGACCUAGGAGCUUGAUUGCAACUUGAAACACAAGAAAAUUCUAAAAACGUCUUUGUUAAUUUAACAACUUUUGGGAUUAUCUGAAAAAAACAACAACACUCUGUGAGCUGACUUUGUCUGUAUCUUGUCCUUAAAUCAUCUGUUCAUAGAUGGUGGUGGUUUGGAACACAGUGAAUAUCAGUAAAGGUGGAGAGGUGACCAUCUUAGCCAAAGCUAACACAGAUGUGGACAUCCACACCAUCAAAGUGGCCUACUUUGAUGAGACAAGGUACACUCUUCACUACCUUUUUUAUCUUUAUCUUGGCAGUGUAAUAGAAUAUUUGUAUGCUUGGGAAACAGUUCUGUGGAUACUGUAUGUCUGACAAUCUGUGGAUUUGAAUGCAGUGGAUGUGAAAGAAAAAUUGUUGAGAGCCAGUAAACUGGAGCUGUUUCGUGUCAUUUCCGAGGGCAAGCCUGAAAUGUGUCUAUUGCUACCUUUUUAGUGAAUCGAAAGUCAUGUUUAAUCUGUGAUGGUACUUCUUAAAGGAUGGUGUCUUGCGGCCGUGACAGUAUUCGCCUGUGGAGGGUGCGAAAUGGUACACUUCGUUCCUGUCCUGUCAAUCUGGGUGAAUACCACUCAAUGGACUUCACAGAUGUGGCCUUUGAGGAGGGAAGCCUGAAUCUUGAUGAACGAACACUGUAAGCUGGCAAAACAUGACAUUUUAGUGAAGUGGUAUCCACUGGUGUUGUAAAGGAAGCUAUUGCAAAACACUACAGUUCCUCAAGUGUCCACUCAGGCUGACUCGAAAGGUCAAAGAAACUCCUUGGAGGCACAAUUUUUACAGAAAAACAAAACAUGGUCACAGCCUGUUAAAACAGAAGUAGUGGGCAGCUUAUCUUGCAGCCUAGCUUUGUUAUACAGCAACUGUCAUCUUUGUGUACCAUUAUGUCUCCUCAGAAACCAAUGGUUACCAUCCCUGAGGUGUCAUCAGUGUUUAUAUAUUUUUGUAAUGUAGCUUAAUAAACCUAUCUCAAUUUAAAUCCACUGAAAUCUGUUUUCAAAAAAUCUCUUUUUUUUUUCUCCCUCUGUCAUUUUCUCCUUACAGAUUUGCCAGCAGUCGGAGCGGGCAUAUCUUUGAGAUUGAUUACAGCAGAGUUGUGAUCAGAAAUGUGAGGAGACUGCUGCCUGCACAACAGCAGCAUGCAAAUCGAAGGGAGAAGUGGACUUUUAAUACAGGUGAGUUUGAGAUUGAUUGUUGAGGGAUAUCAUUAAGUAGUUAAGAGGAAUGAUUGAUUCAAGAACUUUAUGAACAGCCUGGAGGACUUAAUGUGUGUGUGUGUCUGUUUUCUAGGUCCAGGCAUCGCCAUCAAUAGCAUCAGUGUGUCCUCAUCAUUCUGUGCCACCGGCUCUGAGGAUGGCUUCCUGCGUCUAUGGCCCCUGGACUUUUCUGCUGUCUUCCUCGAGGCAGGUAAGGACAGCAGGAUGUGGAGAGUGUGGAAGCUAUGCAAUGUUUUUGUGGGUGCAAGUGCUGAUAAACUUAGUCUGAGAACAGCUAAUGAUAUAUGGGAUUUAAAUUUUCAUCUUGUAUCAUACUUUAUUAAAAUCUGCCUCAAAGCAUCAAACAGCUUCAGCUGACUUUCACAUAAUCAUCCCAUCCUGUUUUCCAGCUGUAGCAGAGGAUCAUUAGUCACUCAGGUUUUCUUUCACCGUAGAGGCUAACACCUACUCUUAAUAUUUCAACAUACAAGGCAAACAUACGUGACUUCUAAACCCUCACGUCAAAUUAAUGUCUAACAAAGAAUUGUCAUAAAUUUUCUACAUGGUCAAACUAAGAGCACAGUUUCUUUUUCUGUCUUCACGUUUCACCCUUAUCUGUAAAUGUGAGGGAUGUGUACUUGUCAUUUUGAAUCCUUACACACACUUGUUGUUGUCUCUCCAGAGCAUGAGGGGCCUGUCAGUUUGGUGUCAGUCUCAUCAGACAGCCAACGAGUCCUGGCAGCCACGUCCACAGGUAACCUGGGUUUCCUUGAUGUGUGCAGCCGAGCUUACAGCACACUGAUGAGGUCACACACAGACACGGUGCUAGGCUUUAGUGUGGACGGCAUCCGACGGCGCCUGACAACAGCUUCUUCUGACGGCACAGUGCGCAUUUGGAAUAUGGAUUCUAUGCACCAGGUCAAUCAGGAUCCCGUUUACUUGAUUCAGCAGCUAUUAUCACCUCAUCACAAUUGCAGGAGAGUAUCCAAUGUUGAAAUACCCAUGCUGCUCAGCCGAUCAGUGUAGCAUGCUAAAGUACUCUAAUGUUACUGCCACAAUGUUGACUAAUAGGAUGCAAAUGGAAACAGUUUUAGCCUCACUUACAACAAGCAGACACACAACGUGCAGGAACUCUCUUGCAAGCAUUGAUUUGAUACUGCGUCUCUGUUUUCACUUUGAGACUUUUGUCUCCAGUAAAAUUACUUCAUGGAUUCAAUUUAGCAGAAUUUCAGGAAAAGUUUAAUUUUAAAAUUUCUCAAGAGUUUCCGGUAUUUCAUCAGACACCAGAAUUCUUGUAAGAUUUACAGCCUUAAUAUGAUAAUAUUAUUCAAACCCCUUACUUUACAUCAGCAAACUACACCGGCAAGUUGUCUUGAGUAACUUAUGAUGUAUUUUUGAUAGUGAUAUUAACAAACUAUGUAUUUGUAAUUUUAACAAUAACGUUAUUCUUAUAGCGCUUUUAAAAACAGAAGUUUACAAAGUGCUUUGACAAAAAGUCAUGCAGCACAGAAUGUCAGCACAUGGAAAUAAAAACAAAAGCUCAGUUAAAACAAGGCCUCAGAAUUGAAGGCCAAUUUCAUAUGUCAUAUGGAACCCAGAUAAUAUAAGAACCCUGAAUCAUAAAAUGAGACCAUGAAGACCAAAAUAAAAACAUAUUAAUGUUUUUUAUAAUAUAAAAAGACGAUAUUUAUAUUGAUAACAAAAUACCAAAGUAAUAAUGAUUAUAAAAGUAAUGAUGAAAUAGGAUAACAAAAAUGAGCAAGAGAAAAAUCAAUUAAAUCAAUAAAAGGCCUGAAAGGUUAAAUAAGAAAAGAUUAUAAGUAUAACAAAAGCGAAAAAGACAGUCAGCCAAAAUAAGAGGUAAGGUAAAAGAGAUAAAAGAUAAAAUUUACUGUUAAUACAAAUUGCCUCUAUUGGCUGCUCAUUGUCAUUUUUGCUGUGAGUCUAAAUGUCUGUUUUUGUCUCCUGUUUUUAGCUGUAUGACUUUGUGUCAGAGGACAACCCCUGCUCUGUGGCCUUCCAUCCUACUGAGCAGGUCUUCUCUUGUGGCUUUAGCUCUGGCAUCGUCAGAGUUGUGGAUAUAUCAAGUGCCAAACUUCUGGCUGAACACAAGUAUGUCAAGCAGAACUAAUGACUGAAGUUUUAUAUCUGUAAACUUUCAACAUGUGUCGAAUUAUGGAGCCAAAAUGCACACAAAUCUCUAGCUGCAGCUCAGCCAGCUGACUGAGGUGCAACACAAGGCCCUGGUAAAGGGGAUUUAAUACAUAGUUACACAUUUUUGAGGCCUUUAGUACACUUUAACUGUCAAUCAACUAUAAUGGUGAAACCACUUUAGCGCUUAUAUAUGUGCUGAAAAAACCUUUUAAGAGUAUUUGUCAUUGUGUAUAUCAAAGUCUUUGUGUUCAUAUUUCAGACAGCACCGAGGGGAAGUAGUGGGUCUUGCCUUCUCUCCGGAUGGGGAGUUCAUGUACAGCGCAGACUCUCAGGGCUCUCUGGCACUUUAUAAUGCCUCUGAGGAGCAACAUGAUGUGAUCAAAGUCGUUUGUAAGUCGAAGCACACACUUAAUCCAAUGCACAAACACACAUCCAGCUAAUUUUUGUACAUUUUAUGCAGUAUUAUCAGGACUGUUAUCUUUGAUCUUCUUAAUCAUACUGCAAAUCAAAUGUGUUUGAAACACACAAAUGUGCUGGAAUACUACAAAACCCAAUUCCAUUGAAGUCGAGAAAUUGAGAGAUAUGUAAAUAAAAACAGAAUACAAUGAUUUGCAAAUCCUUUUCAACCUAUGUUCAAUUGAAUACAUUACAAAGACAAGAUAUUUAAUGUUAAAACUCAUAAACUUAAUUUUUUUUGCAAAUAAUAAUUAACUCAGAAUUUCAUGGCUGCAACAUGUGCCAAAGUAGUUGGGACAGGGGCAUGUUUACCACUGUGUUACAUCACCUUUGCCUUUAACAACACUCAAUAAAUGUUUGGGAACUGAGGAGACUAAUUGUUGAAGCUUUGAAGGUGGAAUUCUGUCCCAUUCUUGCUUGAUGUACAGCUUCAGUUGUUCAACAGUCCGGGGUCUCCGUUGUCGUAUUUUACGCUUCAUAAUGUGCCACACAUUUUCAAUGGGAGACAGGUCUGGACCGCAGGCAGGCCAGUCGAGUACCCGCACUCUUUCACUAUGAAGCCACGCUGUUGUAACACAUGCAGAAUGUGGCUUGGCAUUGUCUUGCUGAAAUGAGCAGGAAGGGCGUCCAUGAAAAAGACGUUGCUUGGAUGGCAGCAUAUGUUUCUCCAAAACCUGUAUGUACCUUUCAGCAUUAAUGUUGCCUUCACAGAUGAGUAAGUUACCCAUGCCGCGGGCAUUAAUGCACCUCCAUACCAUCACAGAUGCUGACUUUUGAACUUUGCGUCGAUAACAGUCCGGAUGGUUCUUUUCCUCUUUGGCCUGGAGGACACGACGUCCACUAUUUCCAAAAACAAUUUCAAAUAUGGACUCAUCAGACCACAGAACACUUUUCCACUUUGCAUCAGUCCAUCUUUGAUGAGCUUGAGCCCAGAGAAGCCGAUGGCGUUUCUGGAUAUUGUUGAUAAAUGGCUUUUGCUUUGCAUAGUAGAGUUUUAACUUGCACUUACAGACGUAGCGACGAUAUGUAUUUACUGACAGUGGUUUUCUGAGCCCAUGUGGUGAUAUCCUUUACACAUUAAUGUCGGUUUUUUGAUACAGUGCCGCCUGAGGGAUCGAAGAUCACGGGCAUUCAAUGUUGGUUUCCGGCCGUGCCACUUACGUGCCAUGAUUUCUCCAGAUUCUCUGAACCUUUUGAUGAUAUUAUAGACCGUAGAUGUUGAAAUCCCUAAAUUCCUUGCAAUUGUACUUUGAGAAACGUUGUUCUUAAACUGUUUGACUAUUUGCUCACUCAGUUAUUCACAAAGUGUUGAACCUCGCCCCAUCCUUGCUUGUGAAUGACUGAGAAUUUUUGGGGAAGCUGCUUUUAUACCCAAUCACGGCACCAACCUGUUCCCAAUUAGCCUGCUCACCUGUGAGAUGUUCCAAAUAGGUGUUUGAUGAGCAUUCCUCAAAUUUCUCAGUAUUUUUUGCCACCUUUCCCAACUUUUUUGUCAUGUGUUGCUGCCAUGAAAUUCUGAGUCAAUUAUUAUUUUGGUUUAUGAGUUUAUGAGUUUGAACAUUAAAUAUCUUGUCUUUGUAGUAUAUUCAAUUGAAUACAGGUUGAAAAGGAUUUGCAAAUUAUUGUAUUCUGUUUUUAUUUACAUAUAUCACUAUUUCCCAACUUCAAUGGAAUUGGGUUUUGUAGGUUGCUGGAUUCACAGAAGUAAGCUAUUUGAUUGAUUUUGACAUUCCUCUCAAGGUAAUGUGGUGGCUCGAGGCACUGAGCGCACUCCGGACGCUCUCACUGUGAGCUCUGACAGCCGCUGUCUGGCUUUUGUUGGCCCCUCUGACUAUGUCAUCACCAUCGCUGACUCACGGAGCCUGGAUGAGGUUAUACGCCUUUAAGUUACCAUUUGUGACACUGGUUAGGUACAUCAAAACAGACUCGAGACUUACUAUAUGAGAGGGGUGAAGCAGCGUUACCUUUUGGUCAAGUAACAUUUAGAUUUUUCAUACUACAAAGAAAAUGUUCCCUGAAUGAAUCAUGUUUUUAAUCUCCCCAUCCUGUUCAAUGAUGCUAAUUUCAAUGAUACUUUCUGUUUAUUCUGAGGUCUUUAUAUAUGUCUCCUUUGUCCAGUUGCUCCUCGUGGAUGUUAGUAUCCUGGACGUGGAGAGCCCCUGUGUUGAUUCUGCCAUGAAAGUUUGCUUCUCUCCGGCCUUCACGGAGCACUUACUCGUCGCCAUAUCUUCUAACAAGGUCCUCUGGGUGAACACAAAGACCGGUCGUCUGCUUCGGGAGGUAAACUGCUAUACUUGAAUACUCUAUUGAGGGCUGAAAGUCUGUGAAGGACUCUGAAAUACAGUUGACGGUCAUUUUUAACAAUCUCUCAGUUCUGGCAAACUGCAUCGCUCAUUUCAAAAAGUACUAAAUAACUCUGCUUUGCUGGAAGAUAUAGACCUUGAAAUGUACUAAAAAGACAGUUGAUUCUUUUCUUAACUCUAUUGUUGAGUGUUUUUGUUUGUGACUGGAUAUCUGUUAUCCCAACAGGUUUCUAAGGUGCACAAACACAAAUGCUCAUCACUGGCGGUGAGUGAGGACGCGCGAUUCCUCCUGACAGCGGGGCACAAUGCACUCAAAGUGUGGGACUACAGCAUGCAGCUCGGUGUAAAGUCCCAGGUAGAAAUUUAUGUUCUCUGGAUUUAGGUUUACUUUUGAUUUGAAUUAAAGUGCAUUGCUUGCCCCAGCUCUCUUUUCCUACAGAGACAUGUAUAACCAAAUUAACUUAUAGCUGCUAGUGUGACCAAAUGUAAGGACACAUUUUUAAUUGAUUUAUAUGCUGAAAAAUGACUAUGAAAACUUGAACUUUUUCACGGACUCUACCAUCAAUGUUUUUGGUAAUUAGGAAACCAUCUGCCAAAAUCUUGGCAUCAGUAGUUCAGUGAAGUAUUUUAAGGUCAUUUGAGCUCAAGUUUAGAAGUUACACAGAUUAUAAUUGCAUAUGUAAUAUCAAUUUAACAACACAAAAAUCCCCCUUUUCUUAAUGUAACCAUCAAACUUAUCAUAAUGGUGUUUUAAUUGCCUUUUCCUAAUUGUCAUUGUACCAUGUGUACCUUAAAUAACCCUAACUCCACUUAAUCAAAAACUGUGCUGCCAUUUGGGGCUACUAAUUUUGAGUUUUGGGACAUUUGGUGUGAUUACCAUGUCUGCCUCAAGUGAAGGUCAAGGAUGUCCUGCAGUAGCAGUAGAGGAAGCAACAGAAGCAAAAAAAAUAUGUUUUUUUUUUUAACCCAAAGGUAGUGGAAGGUAUUACAUGUAGCCAAACUUGACACCUCCUCACACACAACAGCUGACUGCUAUAAUUCUUCUUUGUUUUGUUUUCCUGUUGGCUAGGGAUUGAAUUUAUUCAAAACUUUACUUGGAGAAUUAAUGAAUCUUUGUGCGUCAGUGAUUUGUUUUAACAGACAUGGAUCAACUCAAGAUAUCAAGAUUUGUUGUGGGACCCAUGAGACUUGAAAUGGCAGGAUCCAUAACCAAAAUAUUAAAUUUGGGGUUUAAAAAAAUAAGAACCCAGGUCUCUAAUAGAACUGCUGUUUGGUCUCCAUCCCUAUUUUUUUUUCAUCAAAAGACCCAUUUCUUUCUCCAGUUCUGUCCCGGGAGGUUUAUUUCUGCUUUUCCUCCACAAAACUACUGAUGAACCUCUAUUUGAUUUCCCAGGGAGUGAAGGUUUCACUCAUAGAGCAUGAUUGUGUUAAUUGCAGGUCAAAAAAUUCUGGGGGUUCAGAAGGAAUAUGUUCUUUGUCAGUCCGUAGGAAAAUACUGCAAAUAAAAAACAGAACCGAUAUCAAGACUUUUGACGAUAAAAACAUCCAAAUGAUUAAACAGACUCUUUUGAUCGCCUAAGUUAUUGAUUAUAAAUGAGGUCAGAACACGUGGUUGGUUUCCCAUAUUUUCAUUUUAAAUCAAAAACUUCUAGAAAAGUAGCUGAAUUAUAAAUCAGUGUAAUUUUUAUGCUCUACAAACAUGUCAUUUUACUGUUAAGCAUUUAUAGUCUUCAUUAUCACAGAAAGCGUGUUGUCCAGGAGUUGUGAAAUAUUUCUUCAUAUCUGUGCUAGAUGUUCAUCGGCCACAGCCAGCCCAUCUGCCAGGUGAGCUUCACACCUGACCAACUGGGUGUAGUCUCCGUGGGAGACGCCAUCUUUCUUUGGGACUUUCUGGCACACCCUGUGGAGCCUUUGACUAACAGACGGUAUGAAUUUUAUUAUGCCUGUGUGCUUCAAUAUUUAACCUCAAAGAUAUUCUGUUAAAUGGCUGAUACACAUUUUCUUUUCCUAUAGUUCACCCCUCAGAGUGAAUUCUGUCCCAGCUCCUAAAACAGGUAAUGUCUAACACUGUCUAACACUGCCAUGUUUGCUGCUGUAGCACCUGCACUUCAUUCAACUGAGGCCUGCAAUAUGUUUACCUCAGUCUUCAAAGAUAAAUAAUCUAAAUAUUAUACAAGCAGUCAGUACCUCAAUAUCAGGUUCAGGAUAUGUGCCUGUCCACCUAAAAUCAGUUUCAACACCAUGACAAAAAUUCUGUCCUGUUAAGCGUAUAAACCCAGAGGCCAUUAUACAUCAAGUUAAUUCUUUCCGUUAUUGUCAAGAUAUUCUGUCCACAGGUUUCUUUACAAAAGCCUCACAAGUUAUGGCAUCAGAUCUGAUGUAGCCUGUAAACUUGUCUCUUGUCUUCCUAAUGCCCUGAAACUGCUCUCACCGUUGAAAGAGAACUCUCCAAAUGAAAUAAGGCUUAAAUUAAAGAUACUGUUUCUGAGUAAGACAACAGAAAAGGGGAUUUUCAAUAGCAAAGUAACUUUCUGGUGCUGAACCACCGAUUUGGUGUCUUUCAUUUAGGUUUUCAUCCACAGCACAGCACUGCAACUGUUCUGAUAAAAGUGUUUAAUUAUAUUCACUUAAACACUGGCAGCAGUUUAAACUAAGUCUAACCACUACUGAAUUUCAGCUGCUUUUGUCAUAGUCAGUCAUAAUUAAUUACUUGACUCAGUGGUUGACUGGAUGGGACUUUUUGUCACAAAACUUAACUGAUUUAAAUCUUACUCAAAGAGCAGAAACUACUUUGUGUCUAUUGAUAGAUAACUUCUUACCUGAAGCAGAAAAAAAAAUUACACAUGGGGUUCCCCAAGGCUCCGUCCUGGGGCCUCUUCUCUUCAACAUCUGUAUGCUCCCACUGGUAUAGAUUAUAGAAAAUAACAAAAUAAGUCACUGGAACAAUACAGAUGACACACAGUUAUCCUAAACAGUGUCACCCAGCCCCAUACAAGCUUUGAGUCAAGUUCUUUGAAUAAAUCAGUGAGAGGAUGUGCCGUGAUUCCUCCAGCUGAACAGAGCUAAGACUGAAGGGUUUGCUUUUGGAGCCUUAGAGGAGAGAUUAAAAGUCAGUGAGUCUGUGGAAGGUGAUCAAUAUUUAUUAUCCGCAAUUACAUGACACAUCACUGCAGUUUUUUGCUUAUUUUUUAAAACUCUCAUUAUAUUUUAACUUUAUUUCUUUGCUGUUCUUAUUUUUUCUUCGCUUUGAAUUCAAGUGUCUUAUUUUUAUUUUUAAAUGUCUUUUUAGGUGUGUUUUCUUGAUCUCUGUUAAGAUUCGUUUAAUGUCUUGUUUGAAGCACUUUGAUCACCUUUUUGCUGAAAAAUGCUGCAUAAAUGAACAUGUCUUGCCUUUACCGUUAUACAGGAUGUGUCUAAUUCACAUUUUACCAUGUGACAGAUCAAUCAGAAGCUGAAAAAAAUAGAGUUCAAUUGUUCAAUGGCAUGCCUCGCCAGACAGCGCCUCUCCCCUCCUCACCUCCACCACAACUGGAUGUCAUCACCAUGGACCAGGCUGACAAAGGAGGUAAGUCAUGCCUACCUAUUUCAAAUGACCCCCAGGACAUUCUAACUGUUUUUCACUGUACAAUAAGCUUUUAAACAAAACAGUUAAACGUUUCAAAGUUUAAUGAAAGAGUAUAAUCGUAAUCCUGCUUUCUUGCCCAUGACUAUGCAAUGAACUGCACAUUUUCUUUUUGUAUCGUCAGACAGUUUUGUGAUGACACUCUUUGAGGUGUUACAGGUUUUAAGACAAAGAGACUUUUUUAAGAACACAAAAAAACCACUUCUGUUUUUAUAUUCAAACUGAUUGUAAAUACUGGUCCGAUUAGCAAGAAUCUGAGCACUUGGAAAAAGAAAAAGGAGCCCCAAACAAGAUUUUUAAAUCAAAAGUAUUUGUUGUAAAUGGUCUCUAAUGGAUAAACGAACUCUCAGGUCAUAUUUUCUUUCCUUUUCUGCUUCAUGCAGCGUUAGCCUCCAUGUCUUUUUGUGAUGAUGUGCCAAAUAUCCCAAGUGUUGCUGUCCUGACCACUGGUUCAGGUUUUUCCUCUGACUCCAGACCUGCUGCCUCCUUCCUUAAAGUCACAGAGAUGAACAGCACAUCUCCCCUGAAUACCAGCCAUUUAGACAUUGGUAAGUCCCCAACUAACUUUCACAUUCUUUUUUUUUUUUUCAUUUCUUUUUUGAACUAAAUGAAACCUUAUCUAUUAUCAAUUAAUGGUGCUUUCACAUUUAGUUGAGUGGAAAGAGAAGAACUUAGUACGUCCUGAUUGCUACCGGCAUUUUUUCCCCCGUUUUAAGACCUCCACUCUUGAUCAGGUAAAAAAAGCCCUUUGUUUCAGACCAUUCAGUGAAAAACUGUAGUAUUCUUUGAAGUUUGUUGGUUAGUUCUCUGUUUUACCAUUUUGGUCUGCUUCAGGCUGCUGUAACUCCCAAACCAGCACAGGAGGGCAUGAAACUGAAAGCAGUGAUUGGCUACAACGGCAAUGGGCGUGGCAACAUGGUGUGGAGCCCUGACCAAGGUAAACGCAGAAGUACUAAAUGAUGGUAGUGAAAAGUAUACUUACACAGAUAAAAACUCUCAAGUUAAUGAGGUAGUUUUUAAAGCAUUCACUUGGCAUGACGCAGAAAAUAAGUAUAUGCGCCAAAAGUCGGUCAAUAGUUAUUCCACGAGAUUCUGACUCGAGGCUCUCAUGAAAUUUGCACUUUUUUCCAGUAAAUUAAAGUUUUCUGACAGAUUGUUGUCAGCUUUUACUCUCAUUACAGUGAAGUUGAAAUAUGAACUACAGUUUUAGCUUUCAUCAGUUUUACCUUCCCUGUUGCAGGUCUUUUUGCGUAUUCCUGCGGCUGCUUGGUGGUGGUGGAGUGUCUCCAUACCGGGAGUCAGAGCCAUUUGCACGGUCACAGUGAGGAGAUCUCUUGUCUCGCUGUCACAAAUGACGCCCAGGUCCUUUUCAUAGUUCACACUUCAAAAUGAAAUUGGCUCUUAUUAUGGCACAGUUAUUAUGGCUGUGAUGAAUUAAGGCUCAUUAUGGCCCUCCUGGGUCUUAAUGGGGACCAUGUUUCAAGCUUCUCCUUCUGGUCACAUGCAGAUUCUUGUUUAUUCUCAGGUAUUUUGUCCUUUCUGUAAAUAAUGUGAUGCAAUACCAUCUGUGUAAUAAUGAUAUUGAUUUAUUAAUGAUUAGUGGUGUUAAUGACACUUAACUGGUACUUAGACUGAACAUUAGUCCGUCUCUAUCACAGGUAUGCAGCCACUCGUCUUUUAUAGAGAAGUUCUUUAUGACUACAUUCUUACUUUCUUACUGUGUUAUUCUGUCAGGGAUAAACCUAAUGUAAGCUGCAACAUAACUGGUUUGUAGAGAUGUACCUCAGAUUGGUCAUUCCUGUAGUUGUCAAACCAUACACUGGAAGCGCAUAAGCUUUGUGACACACUUAACUAAGGCUAAAACUAACUGAUAUUUUUAUCAUCAAAUAUGCGUACAAUUUUUUUGACAAAACUUGUUGAAAAUGUCUAACCUAAUCAUUGAAAAGCUAAUCAGUUGAUUAGAAUAUAUUCACAUACUGUGGUGGGGAAUCAUCACAGCAGGUAAAUAAGUUAUUUCAGUAAGUUGUUUAGUUCCCUCUGUGGAUAGGUAAAGGAGCACACUUUCCUCUACUUGUUUAUUAUUUGAUCAAAGAAACGCGAGGGGAAUUUAUAGCCUUGAAGUACAGUGUCGCCAAGAGAGACAAUUUGAUGGUUAAGAGCUGCUGAAAAUAAGUGCAUGAUGGGCAUGGAGCUCACGCUCAAAGAGAGCCUAUUAGGCUGCUUUUAUCAAAGUAUAAAGGGAAGCGGCUCCAUUUCAAAUAAAUAAAUGAAGUGGGGAAAGGUUUUUAAAACAGAAGGCUGUGAGUUAUUUUAGGAAAAUGAAACCUCAAUAAUCUCAUGUUAAUCUCUGUUAGUCCGGUGUAUUAAGGAAUCAUGAAUUAAACAAAAUUAUGAUGAAGUUGCUCAUUCCCUGCCUGUUUUACCUCUUAUGCAGAUGAUAGCAUCAGCAUCAGGUGGCAGUGAUGGUACCAGGAGCCUUAUCUGUAUUUGGGACAUCCGAAAUGGAUCUUGUCUUAAAACCAUCUCCCAUCACAGGGGGGCAGUGCAGAGUUUGACUUUCUCCAGGGAUGAUCGAUUCUUUCUUUCUGUUGGUGAGUAACACUUGACUUUUACAGUUUUCAAAAAUUCAGAAAGCAACAGAUACAUUGCCAAAUGACUUUCCCCCUACUGAGCGCUGAUUUUUUCUCAUCAGGAGAUUUCUCUGACCUGGAGGUGGCUUUGUGGAGCACAGAUACUUUCCAGCUGCUGUCCAGCAUAAGUAUGUCAGGACCAGUUCAUGAUGCAGCUUUCAGCCCUUCAUCAGCCAGUCAUAUGGCCUGUGUGGGCAGCCAGGGGGUUUACUUCAGCCUUAUUCAGACCCAGGACUCCAAUGUAGACCUCAAGGUACAUGACAAUGUCAAAAACAAAAACAGAAAACGUUAAACUAUCUUUGUUGGCUCAAGUGCUGUUUGAUCUUAACCUUUCCUUUUCUUUUGUUAGGUGCAGAGGGUGAGAGUACCAGCAGAGAUUGGUGAUGUGGAGCUAACGUCACUGUGCUACCACAUGGACUCCCUCCUGUUCACCGCCACGAAUAGAGGACAUGUUUGUGCCUGGGAUAUUAAUACACAGUGCUGCCUGUUGACAUGGGAGGCUGAUGAGGGCGAGAUCGGUAUUACUGAACUGUUAACUGUAUGGCAUGGUUGAAGUAAAUAUUCAAAUGAUUAGUUUUAAUAACUCAUAGAAAAAUUAGCUGUCAUCAAUUGUAUUGAUCAAAGAGAGAUACUUUCUUAUCCUAUUUUGUCAAAUUGUUUAAAAUAUCCUCAUUACUCAAUGUUCGCGCCUAUGAGUCAAGAGUAUUUCUGUCCCACGAUUCUAACCAGACUAAUGACUUGUCGGUGCAGGCGUCCUGCUGUGCCAAGGGAAUCGACUGUUGACUGGCAGUAACACCCACUGGUUGCGACUGUGGGAGGUAGAAGCUGUGCAGGGUGUGAAACCCCAGGAAAAGGUCUGCGGUGCAGAAGACAGGUCAGAAGCACAGCCUCUUGAGUCUUUUCUUUUCAAAGUCUUUUUUUGGCCAUUGUUUUUCUUUCUUAGUGUUGCAUUAUUCUGGGUCUAUUUUUACAGAAGAAUACACAUGUGUUUUUUUGUUUUUCUCCAUUGCAAUAUCUAAUUUUGCAAAGGAGCAAGAACUCUACAGGAGGAUGGGAAGGCACAACCUGAGUAAAUUUAAAACUCCAAUCUCCUACAGAAAUUUGUUUACAGCUGCACACCAUUAUUUUUAGUCUGACCCCUGGGAUUUUUCAGACAGAAACUGAUACCAAUAUAGAGGGAAAAUAACCUUCAGCUACAGUACCGUUCAAAAGUUUGGGGUCACCCAAACAAUUUUGUGUUUUCCAUGAAAAGUCACACUUAUUCACCACCAUAUGUUGUGAAAUGAAUAGAAAAUAGAGUCAAGACAUUGACAAGGUUAGAAAUAAUGAUUUGGAUUUGAAAUAAAAAAUUUUUUACAUCAAACUUUGCUUUCGUCAAAGAAUCCUCCAUUUGCAGCAAUUACAGCAUUGCAGACCUUUGGCAUUCUAGCUGUUAAUUUGUUGAGGCAAUCUGGAGAAAUUGCACCCCACGCUUCCAGAAGCAGCUCCCACAAGUUGGAUUGGUUGGAUGGGCACUUCUUGCGUACCAUACGGUCAAGCUGCUCCCACAACAGCUCAAUGGGGUUCAGAUCUGGUGACUGCGCUGGCCACUCCAUUACCGAUAGAAUACCAGCUGCCUGCUUCUGCUCUAAAUAGUUCUUGCACAAUUUGGAAGUGUGUUUAGGGUCAUUGUCCUGUUGUAGGAUGAAAUUGGCUCCAAUCAAGCGCUGUCCACUGGGUAUGGCAUGGCGUUGCAAAAUGGAGUGAUAGCCUUCCUUAUUCAGAAUCCCUUUUACCCUGUACAAAUCUCCCACCUUACCAGCACCAAAGCAACCCCAGACCAUCACAUUACCUCCACCAUGCUUAACAGAUGGCGUCAGGCAUUCUUCCAGCAUCUUUUCAUUUGUUCUGCGUCUCACAAACGUUCUUCUUUGUGAUCCAAACACCUCAAACUUGGAUUCAUCCGUCCACAACACUUUUUUCCAGUCUUCAUCUGUCCAAUGUCUGUGUUCUUUUGCCCAUCUUAAUCUUUUUCUUUUAUUGGCCAGUCUCAGAUAUGGCUUUUUCUUUGCCACUCUGCCCUGAAGCCCAGAAUCCCGCAGCCGCCUCUUCACUGUAGAUGUUGACACUGGUGUUUUGCGGGUACUAUUUAAUGAAGAUGCCAGUUGGGGAUCUGUGAGGCGUCUGUUUCUCAAACUAGAGACUCUAAUGUACUUAUCUUCUUGCUCAGUUGUGCAACGCGGCCUCCCAUUUCUUUUUCUACUCUGGUUAGAGCCUGUUUGUGCUGUCCUCUGAAGGGAGUAGUACACACCGUUGUAGGAAAUCUUCAAUUUCUUAGCAAUUUCUCGCAUGGAAUAGCCUUCAUUUCUAAGAACAAGAAUAGACUGUCGAGUUUCAGAUGAAUGUUUUUUUUUCUGGCCAUUUUGAGCGUUUAAUUGACCCCACAAAUGUGAUGCUCCAGAAACUCAAUCUGCUCAAAGGAAGGUCAGUUUAGUAGCUUCUGUAAGGAGCUAAACUGUUUUCAGAUGUGUGAACAUGAUUGCACAAGGGUUUUCUAAUCAUCAAUUAGCCUUCUGAGCCAAUGAGCAAACACAUUGUACCAUUAGAACACUGGAGUGAUAGUUGCUUGAAAUGGGCCUCUAUACACCUAUGUAGAUAUUGCACCAAAAACCAGACAUUUGCAGCCAGAAUAGUCAUUUACCACAUUAGCAAUGUAUAGAGUGUAUUUCUUUAAAGUUAAGACUAGUUUAAAGUUAUCUUCAUUGAAAAGUACAGUGCUUUUCCUUCAAAAAUAAGGACAUUUCAAUGUGACCCCAAACUUUUGAACGGUAGUGUAUGUCACAAGAGUUAACUAAUAAAUUAGAAUAGGUCUGUGCACACUGUGAGCACUGUUUUACAUUGUCAGUCAGUUCUUAUGCAGGUCACGCUCUGCUCAGUAUUGAUGCUCCGCAACUUGUGCAGCAGAGAGAAUUAUUAACUAUGAGCUGAAUUUUCUCUGCUGGACAAACUGUGUGAUGACGCCAUUUUUAAACUAUUUUAAACUUUUUUUUUUUUCAAAACUUUGGCUUGUAAAAUCAUUUCAUGUUACCUGUAAAAUGGACAUAUGAGCCAAAGCCAAUUCACAUAUCUUUGAUAGGCCCACAUCAGCCCAAGAUCAGCGUAAGUACUGAUAAGUAUAUUGUUCAAGCUGUGAUUUUUUUAAUGAGAACUUCCAUUUAUGUUCACAAUCUACAUAAAAAAGUACAUCUUCUUUAAGUCUCUCUGGCAUUGAUAAGGGAAGAAGAGGAUAAAAAAGUGACAGCUACAUUAGACAGUUUAAAAGCUGGACUCUUUAAUCUUUUCUUAAGAAGUGUUGUAGCUGAAAUCUGAUAUUUGUCAAAUAGAAAUAAAAGACCUUUGCUAGCUAGAGGGGGGUGUCUGGAUAUGAUUCUGUGUCUGGCAUUUUAACAUUAUUAUGAGUUUUUGAAGUACCCCUGCAGUAUCUCGUGGACUGACUGUCCCUAGUGUCUGUCUGCCAGAGGGCCUGUGGUGGUGUUGGAGCAGGAGAUCAUGCUGGAUGGUGCGACCGUCAGUGCAGCUUUCGAUAAUACGAUGGACAUGGGCAUCGUAGGCACAACAGCAGGGACUCUCUGGUACAUCAACUGGCCAGACAACACCAGCACCCGACUUGUCAGCGGGCACAAGACCAAGGUGAAAAAAAUACCCAGACACUCACUUCCUGUGUGUCCUGCUGGGGCUUGAAUACUAAAUUGAUAAACCAGAUCCAAGUGUGCUGUUUAUCUGGAGAUAGAAAGUGACAUUUUUGAGAAGACCCCUGAAAAUAGACUCUUCUAAUUAAUACUGAUCUGUUGCUGAGGUUUACAAAAUGCCAAUGACAACCUUGACAAACUAUUUGUCAUCUUCUUGCCUUUGAAACAGCUGUGACGAGAUUUGGAUUACCAUAAAGUUUGUAGUAUGUAUACCACUGCUGUAAUUCUCUGACACACAGUGCCGUCAUCAGAUCCAAAGUAGAAGUUUGUCCCUUACAGAAUAUUGACAGUAUUUAGCCUUUAAACCUGGCUUUUCUGUGCAUUCACAUGAUUAACACGCCUUUUUUCCUCAAGGUUAAUCAGUUCAUCUCAGUGAAACCUUUCUAAUGACAUAAAUUAGGGUUGGAUGGCUUUUCUCUGUUGUAAUCAACCAUGGAGUACUCUGUGGAUACACUUGAAUGAGUAAAUAGAGAGAUAAUUAUUUUGAUUACUAUGAUCUUCUAAAGGACCUGUGUUAAUGACCCUGUCAGAGCAGCCAAGAACUUCCCUAGGAAGCAGGAAUCUUUAAGUUUGUGGAAAUAAAUGUUAAAAAAAUAGCAGAGAGGAAGUUACAAGUUAGUAUUAACGUAUGCUGCUGGUGACCAACGCAGCAAACACCCCUUUAAUAACACAUUUGGAAUUGUGAGUUACUUCAGAGAAGCAAAGAAAGUCUAAUUCUCAGAGGGAAAACGUUUGAUUGAGGAGACACUUUGAUUCAAGAAAAUGACGGCUUUUACCACAUUAUAGCUCCCUUUGUCUGACUGAAAAAGCUGUCUGAGAAUAGAUUGUUGAGUUUUGCUGUUUAAGGUGCAAGACUCUAAAAUGCCCUGCUUGAGGAACAAAGUCUACAAAAUUAUAAUUUUCAGCUUGUUUUGUGUGGUGACAGUUUUUCUAGCUGCUUUUUAAUUUAAUGUUUUGAUAUUUUUUUUCUCAUAUGUUUUCACUGGUUUGAUAAAUUCAGUUUUUUACAUUUCAUGCCCACAAGGAAAUGUUUUUAUAUUCAGCUGUAUUUUUUGAGCUUUUUUUAUUUAUUGAGCUGUUGUUAUGAUGUUGACAGUCUUAUCUUUGUUUUUAUUGUUUUCAUUCAGCAGAGAUUGUGCUGCUGACUGCUCACUCUGUGUGUGUGUGUGUGUGUGUGUGUGUGUGUGUGUGUGUGUGUGUGUGUGUGUGUGUGUGUGUGUGUGUGUGUGUGUGUGUGUGUGUGUGUGUGUGGUCAGACAGUGCUGUCUCUGCAUGCUUCAUGCUCUGCAUCUUCUCCCCUCUCCUGAUCAGGUAAAUGACGUGGCGUUCAGUUCAGACGAGAAACAUUUUGCCACUUGCAGCGGGGACGGCAGUGUAAGGGUGUGGUCGGCCCUCAGCAACGAACUAGUGGUGCAGUUUCAAGUGCUUAACCAGGUGAGGAAACAUAUAGGGAAUGGUAAAAAUCAGUGACAUUAGAGGAAAUAACUUGCCCCCUGCUGUUUCUCUCUGUGGGCAGGCCUGUGGAUGUGUGUGCUGGAGCCCUUCUUCAAUUAGGGAGAGCGCAUAUGUGGCUGCAGGAUACAGCGACGGCACCUUGAGGAUAUUCAGACUUGCCUCCUCAGAGAUGGAGAUGAAGCUGCAACCCCACCAUGUGGCUGUCACUGCACUUCAGUACUCUGCUAAUGGUACAAAAAACAGCAUUAUUUGUGUUUGCAACAUUUAUUGAUCUUUAAACAAAAAUGUUCAAACAUGAUACAAAAAGCUUUACAGCCUUUAAUUAUUGAGAUUUUUUGUUGUUGUUGGCACAUUUUACUAGUCUACAAUUAUUUGUACCAACAACACAUUAUAUUGAUUCAGAAUAAUUUGAAUUAACAAGAUCCAAAGUAUUUUCUUGAAUUUGCCCAUGAAAUCGAUCAUAUCACUAUAAAUGAGGGUAAGUGAUGCAGGGGAGAUAAUCAAUCCUGGUUAGUCAGCACUGCUUAGCAAUGAUCUGUCUUGGCAGUACUGUUGCUAUGUGAACAGCUCUAAUCAUAACCUCACACGUCACUCUCUGACAAUAUUUAUAAUCCUUUUAUGUUAGAAAAAAAAGAGACACAAACAAAAUAGUCAGUUAUGGGAUGCAGCCAUGUUUAAAAAAAGAUAAAUGCUGUGCUGCUGGUGCUCAGCUCCUCUCUUGAUCAGAAGAAGAACUUUAUUGCUCCCUGAAGGGAAAUUCAAUUGUCUGUAGUCUCAUGUCUCAAGUCAUCUACUGUCAUCUAUAGUCAUCAACUGCUAAGGCUAUCAGUUUCAUCCCAACUCCAACAGUAUUGUGCCAAAGUGUCUUUUCGCGUGACAAAUUGCUUCUGGUGACAAAGUUAGCAGAUUUGAGGGGUCUCUGAAAGCGCCAUAUAAGCCCAUUUGCCAUCGAUGUACUGUAUAUCUAUAGUCGUGAGGUUCCACUGCUGUUUAAUAAUUGAGCCAAUAUUCUGAUAGGAAGGUGAGAGUUCUGUUGAAGCUAAUAUAUUUCAUUCAAUAACUGUCCGUGGCCCCUCCGCGUAGGUCAUGUGAUCCUCUCAGCUGGAAAGAAUGGUCUGAUAGCUGUCAGCAGCCUGGUGAAUGGAGCAACAGUUCGAGUCAUCAGAGACCACAAAGGAGCACAGAUUACCUCCAUUCAAUGUGUGAAUGAACAGGUCAGUUCUACAGGAAAAAAAUAAGAGGCAUCACUCACUCAUGACAGACAUCUUUCAUUUCGCCAUUGUAUACUGUACUUUGAGAUCUGAAGAGAUGCUCUCCCAUCAGUCACAUGCACUCUUGACAGUUUUUCUGCCCACACCUGUGAUGCAGAGAAUGGCCUGACAUUUCCUUUCAACAGCUCUUCCCCUACUCAGCAGACAAGGUUAUGGAUCUUUUGUGAUGCUAUUUACACGCUGGAGGAAAAGAGGACUCUGAAAUGAAUUCUUUGACAUUUUGGGACUUUUUUUUUUCUUUUUUCAUUCAUAGUGUCUUAAGUUCAAUUAUUUUCAAUUUUCAGUGUAAGGAUUUCGGACUGAAGGGAAAUGAGCUGUGGUUGGCUGCCAGUGAUGACAGACGUGUCAGUAUGUGGGCUGCGGAUUGGAUGAAGGACAAGUGUGAUCUGCUGGACUGGCUGACAUUUCCUGCUCCGGCUUAUACAGGGGUACUGUUUGUAUUGAUUGGACAGGAUGAUGGUUAGAAGUGUCACUCAAAGUGUUUAGUGCUGCUAAAAUAUGUGAUCUUUUUAUACUUUACAGAGACACUAGUUUCACAUUUUAAGAUUUUGUUCAAUUAGUAGUAUCAUGUGUUACUUUGAAGAUCACAGACUCAUGUCUACCUUGUUGUUUGAAUUCAUGUUUCACUAACUUAAUAUUUUAAAACAUCUUUUAAAAAAUUCAUAGAACGACAGCCCACCUCCAAGCUUGGCUGCCUUCUGCCCAACAGACCCCAGCUUGGUGGUCUAUACUGGCUACGGGGUGGAGAAAGAGUUGUCCUUCUACAGCCUGGCUAAAAAGCAGGUGAGGCAGCUCCCCCCUUCUGCAAUCGCUAACAUGUUUGUUUCCCACCUUGUGUCUGUGCUAGGUUGAUGUCCCCGGUAAAAAUAAUAGUUUAUGUGUUGUUUUAAAAUGUGCUUCAAAAGCUCUUCUUUUAUAUUUUACACAGAUAAUUAAAAAGAUCACCCUCCCUCACUGGGCCUCAUGUUUUAGCCUCUCCAGCAAGGGUCACCUCAUUGCUGUAGGAACAAAAGGUAACCUAACAGCCAUUUUUUCACUGAUUUUGGGUUAAAGAAAUAAAACUUGUGUUAUUUGACAGGGUGUGAUUAAUUCUUCUUUGUAUUAAUCAUCCAUUAGAGCGAGUGCUGAAGUUGAUUGAGUCGACCAGUGGCAGGUUUCAGGACUCCGUGGAGCACAGUGACUCACUGCAGACUUGUCACUUCUCCCCCACUGGGUCCCUUCUUUUCACUGUAGCUUAUAAUGAGAUCCUGCUUUGGGAGGUGCAGGGCUUCUGAGGGCCGCACUUCUGUUCGUGAAAGCCAAAACUAUUGAGGUUUUACCUCACACGCAUGUCUGGUUUAUUUUUGUUGCUCUAUGUCAUUUUAUGUGUUUUAUAUUUUAAGUGCAUUUUUUAAGUUUUGGAGAAACAUUGUGUCAGAUUUGCCUCAUUGCAUGAUGUAUGAUUUCAAAAUACAGCAAUAUGAAGGUAGUUUUAUUAAAUUGGGAGGGGUUCUUUCACCUCUUUCUUAUUUGACUAUUUAUUGAAAGUUAUUACAUUAGUGAUAAUUUGUUCAUGGUUACGUCCAGAAAUAAAGACAUACUUUUGAA